CGUGUAGAGACGUUGGCGAAUCGUGGGAGAGGCAGAUAGUCGCUCACAAUGGGUCGGAGACCGGCAAGAUGUUAUAGAUACUGUAAGAACAAACCGUAUCCAAAGUCUAGAUUCUGCAGAGGAGUACCAGAUUCAAAGAUAAGGAUCUUUGACCUGGGGUCGAAGAAGAUGCCAGUUGAUGUGUUUCCUCUCUGUGUCCACCUGGUGUCCAACGAGUAUGAGCAGCUGUCCAGCGAGGCUCUCGAGGCCGGCCGAAUCUGCUGCAACAAGUACAUGGUCAAAUAUGCCGGGAAAGACCAGUUCCAUAUUAGGAUCAGGCUCCACCCCUUUCACGUGCUGCGGAUCAACAAGAUGUUGUCCUGUGCCGGAGCCGAUAGGCUCCAGACAGGGAUGAGAGGUGCCUUUGGAAAGCCACAGGGUACGGUAGCGCGGGUGAAUAUUGGCCAAGUCAUCAUGUCUAUCAGGGCAAAGGAGAACCAUCUGGGAACUUGCCUUGAGGCUCUGCGCAGGGCAAAGUUCAAGUACCCUGGCCGGCAGAAGAUCUACAUCUCCAACAAGUGGGGGUUCACCAAGUGGACCAAGGAGCAGUACAAGGAGAUGAUGGCCAACGGGCGACUGGUCCCCGAUGGUGUCCACGUUCAGUACAAGCCAGACAAGGGCCCCCUCUCAGCGUGGAAGAAGAGGCAGACUGCCUGA